CGCCGUUGAGUCGAGUCGAGCCGCUGCUCGUGGGGACCGAGGGCUUUCACCGAGCUGCUCUGGUUACGCUGCGGAGAUGAGCGCGCGGCGUCCGCCUCCUGCCUGGGAGAAAGAGCAUCUCUGGUUCUACCUUCUGGCGCUGGACUUCGAUCCCACGGGAGCCGCCGCCGCCGCCGCCGCCGCCGCGGCAAAAAUUCCCACCCACCUCCGUCUGGGCGUGAACAUGUCUGAUAAACCAAACAGAGAUGCAUUUCAUAUUGUUGCAUGGUUCUUGUUUUCAAAAUUGGACCCAUCACGUUGUAAUGAGAUAUUCAGAUUUUGUUUUCCUCCCCCAGAUAAAAAGGCAGAUUCUGAAUUCAGGAAGCAAUGUUAUGAAUGGCUAAGAAGAAUUUCAGAUGAAUGUGGAAACAACUUUCCUCCAGUUUUUGCAUCAUUAUUCCUUUCUCCUGGUGGACCUACGUUCAUUCAUUUAAUGUUCCACUUUGCCAGAUAUGUCUUAAUGCAUCACAUUAAAGCAGAUUCUUCAGGAGCGGAACAGAUAAGCGGCCAGCUGCAUGUGGGCGUUCGGGUACAUCCUGGAACCACUUGGGGCAAGGCCGACUGGCCUUGAGCGAAAUUAACAUCUCUGGGGAAGGUUUACUCGUCAUAUAAUCACGCGGAUUUGAAGAAUUCCUCUUUAAGCGUAAAUAUUGUCCAUAAGGUAAAUUCCUCAAUAGACCCGGUGAAUGAUAAGAAGAAAAAUGCAGCAAGGAAUUUCGAUCAGUAGGUUUUGUGUAAGGUUUAACAUAUAAUGUAUUCUGUUCGCGAUACACUACCGUGUCCAAAAAUGACAAUUCACAUUUGUCCAUAUGCGAUGAAAAUUUUAUACUUGCAUGAAUGGUAUUCAUCCAGUUGCAAAAUUCCUGUAAUGUAUGUUCAUCAUUGUAAAUUAGAAAAAUGUCAUCAAUAAAGCAUUUGUAGAACAAAAUAUUAUGAUAAAAUGGAUUAGUAUUGGAAUUACAAAUAACAGAAUCCUCUAAAUGUGCCAUAAACAAAUUGGCUACACUUGGGGCGAAUGGACUGCCCAUAGCAACCCCUUUAAUCUAAAAAUAAAAUUGAUCAGAAAACCUAAAGUAAUUUUUUUCAAUUAUAAUAUCCACAAGGUUAAGUAGAAACAAUGUUGGUGGAUGAAGGUUAGAUCUCUUAUCAAGAACAGUUGUUAUGACCAUGCGUGAUUCAUCGUGUGGAAUAUUAGUAUAUAACGAAUUUUGUUCUACAAACGCUUUAUUGAUAUUUUUUAGUCUGAAUCAGACUAGAUCUCUCAACAGAGGCUUCAGAUCUUAAAGUGAAAUCCACCACUCAAACCUAAGUUACCAAGAAAGAAGAAAAAUCCAAACUGGAAUUUAGACCCUGUGGGGCCACUGUAUUCAACCUAAAUAUCCAUUGAGCCUCUUUUCUAAGUAAAAUAUCAUCAUAACAUUGCCAA